AUGGGAUUGGCUAAAGUGCUGGCUGAUAGUGGAAAAGCAACUGAAGCUAUUGAAAUGUACCAGCGAGUUAUUAAAAUAUUGAAGUCUAGUAGAGGAAAAGAGGAUGACGUAUUGGUAUUGCCGUUAUGUGAACUGGGCAAUCUUCUAGUACAGCAGGGGAAAACAUCAGAUGCCGAAUGCACAUUCAGUCGAGUUGUAGAUAUUUUUAUCAAUUCAUAUGGUGAAAAAGACAGGAGAGUGGGAAUGGCUAUGUGUUACUUGGCCAAGGUGAAAUGCAUGGAAGGAAAUGUGAAUGAGGCAAUUGAUCUAUACAAGAGUGCUAUCCAGAUCAUCAGGGAUUCGAAAACCAUGUCAUUGGAUAGUGAAUUCAUGAUGAAGAUGAGAGUAGAGUUAGCCGAAUUACUUCAUGCUGUGGGAAGGGGGGAAGAAGGCCGGAUUCUGCUAGAAGAAUGCUUAUCAAUUACGACAAAAUGUAAAGGGAAUGAUGAUCCCAGCUUAGUUCCCCACCUUGUGAAUCUUGCAACUUCCUAUUCACGCUUUAAGAACUAUGCUGAGGCCGAGCGCUUGCUGAGGAUAAGCUUACAAAUUAUGAAGAAGAAUGUGGCCCCUGAUGACCCAUCAAUCACCUUUCCCAUGCUAGAUUUGGCUGUUACUCUCUUCAGUCUGCAUCGUGAUGAAGAAGCUGAAAGGCUUGCAAUGGAUGUUUUAGGCCUCCGUGAAAAAGCUUUCGGGAAGGACUCGGUACCAGUCGGAGAGGCUCUUGAUUGUUUGGUGUCCAUUCAGACACGAAUGGAGAAGGAUGAAAGUGUGUUGUUGUGCCAGCUCAAGAGAGUUUUGAAGAUUCAGGAAAAGGCCUUUGGCAGUGAUAGCGAAGAGGUUAUGGAAACACUCACAAAAAUGGUGCAUUUCAUGAACAAAAUGGGAAUUAAAGACGAAAAAUAUCCUCUGCAGAGGAGAUUAUCCGAACUGAUAAAUAUACACGAACAGAAGGCUAUAUAUUAA